UCUCUCUUUCUUUUCUUUAUAUUUUUUUAUUUUAUUAUUUUUAUUUGCACUAGCAUAUGGAUUUCCGCCGAACUUAUCAUAGUAUACCAACAGGUAUUUUUUAAAAAAUAGAUUUCUUUUUCUUUUUUUUUCACUUUUAUAUAUAUUUCUGUACUUGAUGGAUACUUCUUUUUCUUCUUCUUCUUCGUACCCAAAAGAUCCUCCUUUGAACAAUGAACUUCAAUUGGAACCAAAACUAGUUAAAAAGUUGGAUACUAGAUUAUUACCUUUUCUUAGUUUAAUGUACCUCUUUUCCUCAUUGGAUCGCUCAAGCUUAGGAAAUGCUGUCUUGGAUAACUUUGAACAAGAUGUUCAUAUCACACCUGAUCAAUUCAAUACUUGUGUUACUAUUUUUUAUGCUGGAUUUCUAUUAUUCCAAAUUCCAAGUAAUAUUCUUUUGAAACGAUUCACUGCAAAGAAAUGGUUACCUUUUUUGAUGUUUGUAUGGGGUGCCAUAGCAACUCUUCAUGCAACAGUUUCUAGUUUUGGUCAAUUGAUGGCAAUGCGCUUCUUUUUGGGUUUAUUUGAAGCAGGAUUUUUUCCAGGUGUAAUCUACUUUUUAACUUUAUUUUACAAGAAAAAUGAAAUGGCGACAAGAAUUGCUCUGUUUUGGGGAUCAACAGUAGCUGCUCAUGCUUUUGCCGGUGUUUUAGCUUAUGGGAUUCUACAAUUACGUGGUUCAGGAGGUCUCUCCGGUUGGCAAUGGCUCUUCCUGAUUGAAGGUAUUCCGACUAUGGUGAUAGCUAUUAUUGCAGCAUUUUAUCUACCUGCAUCUCCUGAUACUUGGAAUAUGUUGACAGAAGAAGAACAAAUAGUGGCGGUACGAAGACUGGAAGCAAGUCAACCUCAUACAACAUUAGGCGAUCUAGAUGCUUCCAACAAGAAACAAGCUUGCAAGGCCCUAACAGAUUGGAAAGUGUGGACGUGGAUGAUCAUGUUCUUUUGUGGAAGUGUUCCAAACACAAGUAUAUCAAACUUUCUUCCAUCGAUUGUCAAGGGGAUGGGUUAUGAUGACAAACUUUCAGCUAAUUUAAUGUCAGCGCCACCUUACCUAUGUGCUGUUGCUGUGAUGAUUGCCUUCGCAUACUCCUCCGAUCGAUUCAAUGAUCGUGCUUAUCAUGCCGUAGCAGGUGCUCUUAUAUGUUUGGUGGGAUAUAUCCUUUUGGUGACACUAGUGACUCGAUCUUAUCUUUAUGCAGGUGCUUGUAUUGCAGUAUCUGGGAUCUUUGUGAUUAACCCUGUGGUUAAUGCCUGGUUGACAAGUAAUAUUGCUCCUGAUAUGAAAAAGAGUGUGGCAACAGCUAUGGCGGUCAGUGCCAACAAUGCAGCUGGUUUGGUGGGUUCCAAUAUUUAUCGAUCAUCUGAUUCUCCUCGUUAUGUAUUUGGUCACACCAUCAAUCUCGUUUUUCUCUGUGUCUUUGUUAUCUUGGCAAUGAUUCAAAGAUCGUUGUUGAUCCGUGUCAAUAAACGUAAACUAGGCAAGGUAGAAGAACAAAGAAUGGUAGCUACGACCUUGGAUGAUCUUACACUUGAUGGUGACGAAGCUUUGGAUUUUGUGUAUAACCUAUAGGCAUUGAUUGUUAUGAUUAGUUUCAUUUUUAUUAUUAUUUUAUUUCUUUGAUUCCCCUCCAUUCAAAUAAACUUUUUUUUUUUUACAAAUAUCAGCAUGACCUCAUGAUGAUGAUGAAGAGGAUGAUGAUAUCUUCACUUCAA